GCGCAUUUUACGAUGCGCCCAAUCAGAUUGCGGCUGACGAGCUUAAUUGACUAGUCUGGGAAUAUCGCCCCGACAAACGCUGCAUCCAGCGUGUCAGCAUGCUAGGUAGAUGUAUUUCCGGUGUUGAUAGCCAGCACUGCCAACAUCAAUCUGAUCCUGCAUUCUGGUAUAGAUGGGAUGUAUUUAAGGACCCUGAAUUCCCGUCAUCAUCUUCAUAUUCAUCAGCAUCUUAUCCUCAUCCAGAGCAACAGCUUCAGCAUCUACAUUCCAUCAUUCUCUUUCAAUUCGCAUACGAUUCACAAUGACCGACAAAAUGUACCCCAACGCAACGCUCCUGAACGAGCAGGAGCUGUGUACCAUUGAUACAUGUCCCAUGGAGAUGGCCUCAGUGGGCUAUCUCCCCGUCCUCUGGGGCCAGAUCCUGUUCAUCGCCAUCUUCGGGGCAGCCCUCAUCGUCCACAUCGGCCUGGGAAUCCGCUACAAGACAUGGACCUUCAGCAUCGCCAUGUUCUUCGGCCUCAUCGGAGAAGCAGUUGGCUACGCCGGCCGCAUCAGCCUGCACGACGACCCCUUCAACGGCGACGCAUUCCUACAGUACCUCGUCGCCCUGACCAUCGCCCCAGCCUUCCUCACGGCCGCAAUCUACCUCACCCUCUCGCGCGUCGUGGUCGCCUACGGAGAAAAGAUCUCCUACUUCAAGCCCCGCACCUACACCAUCACAUUCAUCACCUUCGACAUCAUCGCGCUCGUCCUGCAGGCUCUCGGCGGUGGAAUCGCCUCUUCUGCAGACGAGGGCGACCAGGACCAGAGCGAUCUCGGAGUGAACAUCAUGAUCGCCGGUCUGGCAUGGCAGGUCGUCAGUCUAUUCAUCUUCAGCGCCAUGUCCACGUACUUCUUCCUGCGCGUCCGAAAGGCACCGGGCUCAAGCUUCAACGUCGAAUUCGACUCUCUCCGCGCAAAGCCCUACUUCAAGGCAUCCCUGUACGGUCUCGGCAUCGCAACAGUGGUCAUCAUCGUGCGAUCGAUCUUCCGCUGCGCUGAACUUUCUGAGGGAUUCGACGGAGAGCUUGCCAAUGACGAGGUCACUUUUAUGAUCCUUGAGGCUGCCAUGAUUGCCAUUUCGGUUGUCUGCUUGACCAUCUUCCACCCUGGUCUUGUGUGGAAGGCCCAGUGGCACCAGGCGGUCUGGUCGACCCGUGGCAAGGGUCCUGAGUACCAGAAGGCUGUCGCUGGUGAUUCGGAGAUCUCCCUUACGCAGACUCCCCCGCAUGCCUGGUACCAGCGUGAGAGCAAUGCUGUUUAGGCAGGGUGUGGAAUGGUAUAGAUUACAUUGGUUAUUAUGUUUUGAUUCAGCGUUGGUAUUUCAGCUUGGCUAUUUCCUUUGUUUGAUAGAGAUCAAGACCUGUUUUUAAUGAGCGGAAUGAGUUAAAAUGAAAGUUUUUUAUUUUCUA